AUGGACGAUAUCCGCGGAGAGAGAGAAGGUCGCUGCGAGACCUCAGGGACUCGCUCCGGGUCUGGACUCCGGGUCUGGACUCCGGGUCUGGACUCCGGACGCGACCCCCCUACCCAGAUCUCCCCCAGUUUCCGGUCGGGUCCCGAUGUAGUACCCGCGACUAGCGCUCAGGCUUCCCCACGAUCGGAGUGCGCUCUCUCGCGCCGCUCGCCUGACGCUGCGCCCUCGCUCGGGGUUUUCCCUCCCCCCCCCCCGCAAGUCCCCUGGCUUCCGCCAUCGACCACUCCGUCGCGAGCCCGUACUCGUGCGCAUGUAGUCGCCAGCACAAGACCCCAAAGACACAGAGAAGCCCACCUUACAUAUCCCCCUUCCGUGCUACCGCGCUACCUACACCCCCGGAAGCCCCACCACAUCAGCGCACAGAACGGCACACCUGGCCCCCAGGGGGGUAUACGGUGGGACCCGACCCCAGUGUUGGCGCCCUACAACGCACCCACCCCCCCCUGGAACCCCCGUAACCGCCCCCCUCUCCCGACGCCUACCACCCUCAGCUACCCUCCCUCCGACCCCCCUUUCACCUCCGCCGAACCACACACCGCUUGCCCUCCCUUCCUCCCCCCCCGGGUGACACCGCCUUGCACACCACCCCCAACGCCCGCCCCCACGUCUCAAACCUCAGUCCACCACGUGUGGACGUCCACCGACCUCUCCCCCCCCGCCCCCCUUGUGCCUGCCGCCCCCCCGUCACCUCCCCCCCCGCCACCAUCCCCCUCUCCCCCUCCCCCACCCCCUCACUCCGCUCCACUUACCCCGGGUCCCCCCACCCCACCCCCCACUACACCCCCCCGCUCCCCCACGUCCCCCACCCCACAACACCCGCCAACACCCUGUGCUGUCUGCUUCGUCCCUCCUCCGUCCCCCUUGCGUGUGGCCCUCCUGCUCCCUUUCCCCCCCACCCCCCCGAGGUCGCCCGCCGGGCCCCCCGGGUACCCACCACACACCCUACUGGGUGCAGGGCCAAACGACACUACCCCACCCCCUCGCGCCUACCGCCUCGUGUCGCUCUUCGCGACCCCGUCUCUCUACUUCUGCUUGGUUCUCUUUGUCCUUCUGCUCCUGCUCUCAUCCUCUGCUCGUCUCUUCGCUCGGCGCUCGCUCUUACUGUCGCUCUCGCUGUCUUCUUUGGUUCUCUUCCUGGCUUUCUUUCUCUCGGCUUGUGGGCUGUCGUUCUGCUUUCGGGCGUCCGCUGUUUAUCUUGGUUACUUUGCCUUUUGCUCGGCCCGCGGCCACCCACCCGCGCCCCCCUUCAUACCCUACCCGCCUCGUGUCCCUCCCUCUCUGGUUCUCUCGCUCGUCCCCCCAUCCUCUCUCUCGUCCUCGGCGACUCACUCUUCUAUAGCGCUCGCUCUCCCCCCCUCUGCUCCGCCUCUCUGUCUAUCAUCUCCCCGCUCUUGCAUCCGCCUGGCCUCUCACGCCCACGCGCCAGGCUGCGCUCUCGCCCUCUCGCCCCCCGCGCUCGUCGCUCGCUCCCUCUCGCUCCCCCGGCUCUUCUCUCGUCGCCCGCUCGCUCUAGCGCGCGCGCGCUCGCUCCCUCUCUCUCCUAUCUCUCUCUCGACUCCUCUCGAUUCUGCGCCCCGCUCGCCUCCCUCGCGCAAUUCGGCUCGUCGCUGCUCUGCGCGCCCGCCCUCGCUUAGCGCGCUCUCGCUCGCGUCCAUCCGCGCGCCCCCCCCCGCGCCCGCACCCUAG